AUGCCAACUCAGACCCCCCAACUCGAUUAUUUUGCUCCCGCUCCCGAGCGGAACCCGGACAAGUACGGGCCGAACGCCAACAACAACCAAAAGAAGUGCUCGCAGCUCGCCUCGGAUUUCUUUAAGGACAGUGUCAAGAGGGCUCGCGAGCGCAAUCAGAGGCAAAGCGAGAUGGAGCAGAAGCUGGCCGAAACUACCGACCCUCGCCGCCGGGAAUCGGUCUGGGCUACAGGAGGCCGUAGGGAAGGCUCCUAUUUGCGCUUUUUGCGAACCAAGGACAAGCCCGAGAACUACAACACCAUCAAAAUCAUCGGCAAGGGCGCCUUCGGCGAAGUCAAGCUGGUGCAGAAGAAGGCCGAUGGCAAGGUGUACGCCAUGAAGUCGUUGAUCAAGACGGAGAUGUUCAAGAAGGACCAGCUCGCCCACGUUCGUGCAGAGCGUGAUAUUCUUGCCGAGUCCGACAGCCCCUGGGUGGUUAAGCUUUUCACCACCUUUCAGGACACCAAUUUCUUGUACAUGCUGAUGGAAUUCUUGCCCGGCGGAGAUCUGAUGACCAUGUUGAUCAAAUACGAAAUCUUUUCCGAGGACAUCACGCGGUUUUAUAUCGCCGAGAUCGUUUUGGCCAUCGAUGCCGUCCACAAGUUGGGCUUCAUUCACAGAGAUAUCAAGCCAGAUAACAUUCUUCUCGACCGGGGUGGUCACGUCAAGCUGACGGAUUUUGGCCUUUCGACCGGCUUCCACAAACUCCAUGACAACAACUACUACCAACAGCUCCUCCAGGGCAAGUCGAACAAGCCGCGUGAUAACCGCAACUCGAUCGCCAUCGACCAGAUCAACCUGACGGUCAGCAACCGGUCCCAGAUCAACGACUGGAGGCGAUCGAGGCGACUGAUGGCGUACUCCACCGUCGGCACGCCCGACUACAUCGCGCCAGAGAUCUUUACUGGGCACGGGUACUCGUUCGAUUGCGAUUGGUGGUCGCUCGGCACCAUCAUGUUUGAAUGCCUGGUCGGCUGGCCGCCAUUCUGCGCCGAAGACAGCCACGACACCUACCGCAAGAUUGUCAACUGGAGGCAAUCACUCUACUUCCCCGACGACAUCCAGCUCGGCGUGGAAGCGGAGAACCUGAUCCGGAGCCUGAUCUGCAACUCGGAGAACCGGCUCGGCCGCGGCGGCGCGCACGAGAUCAAGAGCCACUCCUUCUUCCGGGGCGUCGAGUUCGACAGCCUGCGGCGCAUCCGUGCGCCGUUCGAGCCGCGCCUGACGUCCAACAUCGACACGACUUACUUCCCGACGGACGAAAUCGACCAGACGGACAACGCGACCAUGCUCAAGGCCGCCCAGGCCCGCAGCGCCGCCAGCGGCGUCCCCGCGGGCCAACAGGAGGAGAGCCCCGAAAUGAGCCUGCCGUUUAUCGGGUACACGUUCAAGCGGUUCGAUAACAACUUCCGGUGA